AUGCAAGAUCUCUGGCGAAGCGGUGUUCAGUGGGAUGAACAAAUGCGCGAUGCAGAAUUUGAGAAAUGGACUCGAUGGACUCGCUUACUUAGAAAGGUGGACGAACUUACAAUUCCACGACACUAUUUUGGUGGAAUAGCAGUCAACGACACCAUUCAACUGCAUAUUUUUACGGACGCCAGUGAGUAUGGCUACGGAUGUGCAGCUUAUUUCCGGAUUUCCAAUGGAGCUCGUGUCGUCGUAAAUCUAGUGCGCGGAGUAUCGAAAGUAGCUCCAUUAAAACAUCUAUCUAUCCCUCGAAUGGAACUCCAGGCAGCAGUAUGCGGUGCUCGAUUGAUGUCCAACGUUUGCGAUGGACAUUCGAUCGAGAUAAAAGAAAGAUUCAUCUGGACGGACUCAACCACUGUGCUUAGCUGGAUAAAAGCAGAUCAACGAAAGUAUAAACAGUUUGUUGCUGUGCGUAUCGGCCUGAUACUAUCGCUUUCCGAACCGGAAAAUUGGCGUUGGGUACCAACCAAAGAAAAUAUAGCCGAUUGCCUGACUAAAUGGGGGAAAGAUACGAACGGACGUUGGUUUAUGGGACCUUCAUUCUUGUACGAGAAUCCGGAGAUUUGGCCGAAACAACGAUGUCAUCGAAAAGAUCCAACAGAAGAACGAAAGGUCCAUGUUCUUCUACAUCUUCCGCAAUUUUCCUCGCCCUUGAUAGACCCCGCUAGAAUCUCUAAAUGGAAUGUUCUAGUGCGAACCAUAACAACUGUGCUCCGAUUUAUAUCAAAUUGUCAACGGAGAGUUAAAGGUUUGCCAAUCGAAUCCGUGCUGACCGAAGAUAAAAUGAAAAAGCUCGUCAAACGAUUCGUUCCCUCAGUUGUUGUACCGUUGAAACAAACUGAGUACAGUCGAGCAGAAACCGUAUUGUGGCGUAUCGUCCAAGUGGAAUCAUUUCCUGACGAAGUUGAAAUUCUUACGAAAAAUCGUAAUCUGCCCAUGGCGAAAUGGGCGAGAAUCGAUAAAUCUAGUCCCCUCCAUAAAUUCUGCCCAUUUUCCGACGAAUAUGGGGUGGUUAGAGUCGAAGGAAGAACUGCUAACGCCAAAUAUGCCAGCUUCGAUGCACGUUUCCCGAUUAUCCUGAACCGAAAUCAUAUCAUCACUCAACGACUUCUGGAACAUCACGUUUAA